CAUAGCUAACUCUUGAAGGACUGGGGAGACUUGGGGAUAUUGUAGACAGUAGCUUCGAUGAAGCUUGAGAGGAGCUAUUAUACCGUUUAUUAAGUUUCCUCAAGCCAUCUAUAUAUCCACCGAGAAGGUAUUUUCAUAGCCCUUUAUAGGAGAACUCUUGCACAAUUCAUGUUUCUUGGGCGUGGUGGAAAAUUGUUCUGUUAUGAGGCUGCAUAUAGCUAGCCUCCAGUCGCAUUCUACACCUUAGAUCCUUUUGACGAGUACCGUAUUGGGCCGAGCGAGCUCUCGCGGCUAAUCAAUGGGAAGUUUAAUCAGGUACAUUUCAGCCGCAGAGAAGUUGUUGUUGGAAGACUACCUAAUCUCAUGCGCACAGGAAGCUGCCUGGUGAAAGCAUGGACCCCUGAAAACGGGAUCGUUACCCAACUGAUGAUUCCAUGUCCACAACUAAACUGAUCCUUGAAGCCAUGGGUAUAGGCCGCUGAUGUGAUAUCGCUGCUUUGAGCUGAAUCACGGGAUACUCGGAUUUUGAUGGCGCUUACCAGUUGAUAUUUGGCAGCAUGGGAGGUAGUAUCAUGUUGCGCAAAUGGUAUUUUGGAGCUGAGGCGGUAUUUGGAUAUAUAUUGGCCAAAUCACCGCAUCAAACCUGGGUCAACCUUGAUAUACCCCUAUCACAAGCUUAAUAGACAUUCUCAUGGCAUUCAACAUGAAGAAUUCUAUUUCGUCCCUUUGUAACCUUGUCCUCUUUGGGACUCUAGCAACCGGCGCCAGCAUUCCCAGAUAUUUUCAGCCGUCGGCCUUUACUCGACGCCAGUUGGAUCCUACACAGGUUCAACAAGAGCUCGGUAGUCAACUCUCAAAUACCACUUCUAUAUUUGGGCCCGACGAUGAUCGCUAUCCUGAGGCUACUACAAGGUGGAAUACUUUUGCUGUGCCAAAAAUUCAGAUAGUUGUUGAGCCCGGCGAGGAGUCUGAUGUCUCAACCAUAGUUAAAUACUGCAAUGAAAACAGUCUCGAAUUCCUGGCCGUAAACCGUGCCCAUGGAGCUUCUAAAGGUCUGCGUGCUUUCAAUGGUAUUCAGAUCAAUCUGAAGAACCUUAGGAACAUUGACAUCCAACCGGGCGGGGAAUCUGCCUGGUUUGAAGGCGGUGUUUACGAUGGGCCAGUCAUGAACUACCUCUGGGAUCAAGGUUACGUUACUACUACAGGGUCCUGCGAUUGCGUAGGUAUGAUGGGCCCUGGUCUCGGCGGUGGCUAUAACCGACACCAAGGCUUGCACGGCAUGAUUAGCGACAACAUCCUCCAGCUUAAUCUUGUUUUAGCUGACGGUUCUACCAUUCGUGUCAAUAAAGAUAGCCAUAACGAUCUCCUAUGGGCCAUGAAGGGCGCAGGCCAUAACUUCGGUAUCGUUACGAGCUUCGAGAUGCCCCUCUGGCCUCGGGGUCCGGACACAUGGCAUUAUCAUAACUAUGUCUGGAAGGGUGACAAGCUUGAAGAUAUUUUUAACGCUCUAAAUGUUUUCCAUGGUAAUGGCUCGACACCGGUUGGCAUGGCUUUCAAUUUCGGAAACUUUCAGAUGAAUACGACAAUAAGUGACAAGGAACCCGUCAUAUUCUGGACUUUUGCCUAUCGUGGAUCGGCGGAAGAAGCCGAAAGCCAUUUGGCUCCGUUCAACGCGAUCGGUGCGGUUUACGAAGAAUCUGGCGAUGUACCAUAUCCAAGGAUUUCAUAUGCCCAGGGCACCAAUGAAGACAGCACCCUCUGCCAGGACAAUAUAUAUCGAAUCCCUGCCACCACAGGUCUUGAAGUAUAUAAUGUAACAGCUGAGCGCCUUAUAUUUGAUGGCUUCAAACGACGCGCCGCCAGCAAUCCCGCGCUUGCGGCAGGAGGCAAUAUCCUUCACGAAGCCUACUCGGACGAGGCCGUUUUAGCUCACGACCCCGAUGACUCCGCCUUUCCAUUCCGCUCUGACCAUUUGCUGAUGCUUUUCCAAACGAUCGUCCCCGAUGAUGAUCCAAGCCUGGCAAAGGAUGUCCAAGAAUGGGCGACUGAGGUUAGAGAUCAAUGGAACGAAGGUCAACCAGGGCGACCCAUUCACGCUUAUGUCAAUUAUGCCAACGGCUUCGAGCCCCUAGAGCAGGUAUACGGCCACGAGCCAUGGCGGCUAGAAAGGCUCCGUAACCUCAAAGCCAAAUACGAUCCUUACAAUCGCUUCCGGUUUUUUAACCCAAUCAUCCAGGACAAGGAGGUUUAACUCUAUUACCAUACAUGAUGUCUACCUAAUCUAGGGGCU